UGCAGACAAAGUCGGUGUUUAACGGCGUUAGGGAAAGGUUUGACGGUAGUUAAGAGCGAUUCCUAUGAAAAUGCAAAGUACGGUGCAAAAUAUACGCGAAGGUCUUUGGAACCUGCCGAGCACGGUGAACAGCAUGUUGCUUGCCGGAACCGCCACCCAUCUGGUGGAUAAAAGUAGUAACCCCGAUCGGUUGAAUAUUUCCACCACUAAACGAUCCCCCGAGCGGGACGAUAAUAACAACGACGAUGCGACGGAUGAGGACGAGGAGGAGGAAAGCGAAUCAUAUCACGAUGACGACACUGCCCCGAACAAACCGAGGGCACAUAGUGUGAGCACGGGGGAGGCAAGUGUGUCCGAACAGAUGAACAGCUCCGUUAGCUCACUGUACGACGAAAAAAGUGAUCGCAAUCCACCGGAAGUGGAGAACAGCACGAUUCCAUACGCCCUCGUGCGUGAGCAAUGGCAACUGGUGCUCCUGGAUCCGGAAGCUUCGCUUACCGAGGUGAGUCAGGCGAUCGAUAGCUGCCAAAAGUUGGUACAAUCGAGCGCGUACGGUAUCGAGACCGACGAGCAUAAAUGGCUGGUAAGGUAUUUGAUUGAGCUGCGGUACCGGCGGCGCGAGCUGCUCGACUUCGAUCGAGACCCGGAGGCCACCUUGGAGGAAACGAAGGUCAUCAUGGGGCAUCAUUUCGUGAAGCGUAAGCAUUUCCCAGCACAACCGCAGCAGAAACAGCACCUUUACUGUGACCACUGUUCCGGGAUCAUUUGGAAUGUGGUGCAGGCGUCCUACGUGUGUAAUGACUGCUCCUUUGCCGUGCACCAUAAGUGCGUCCGGAACGUGAUACGCAUUUGUGCUCACGUGGUAACGACCGAGCACAAUCUACCGAUUGAAUGCAUUUGUCCGGAGAUUGGGUUGGCUUUCCAGAAGUACACCUGUGCGGAAUGUGGCACGCAGCUAAGCUACAACAUUUCCACGGCGGUAAACUGUUUCGGACUUGAGUUUAAAGCAGAAAAACUCAACUCGAUCGAACCGCGACUUUGCGACUAUACCGGCCUCUACUACUGCCCGGCGUGCCACUGGAACGAUACCAGUAUCAUCCCGGCCCGGAUCACCAACAACUGGGACUUUGUACCGCGGAAGGUGUGUCGCGCUUCGCAUCAGCAGAUCGGACUGCUGCUCACGAAGCCGGUCAUCCGGUUGGAGGAGAAAAAUCCGCGCCUUUUCUCGUUCAUACCCCAGUUGGCGGAGGUCAAGCGCGUUCGGGUGCACCUGGGAGUGAUGAAGCGAUACCUGACCGCAUGUCGGCUGGCCGAGCAGGCGAAGCUGAUCGUCAAACAGAUCGGCAAACGGCGCCAUCUGAUGCAAACGGUUGCGCUGUACAGUGUGGCCGAUCUGGUCGGUGUGGAGGAUGGUUCGCUGCUGGGGUACCUACGGUCGGUCCGGGCAACCUUCGAACAUCACAUCAGAAACUGUCUGAUAUGCUCCGGUAAGGCGUACAUUUGCGAACUGUGUAACAACGACGAGAUCCUGUUUCCGUUCGAUGAAGACAUUUUCUGCUGCACCCAUUGCAGUGCCGUCAGCCACCGGGGAUGCUAUCUACGGAAGAAUAUGAAAUGUGCAAAGUGUUCUCGUUUGCGCAAGCGGGCGCUACAUACCUUGAAGGAGCAGCUUGAUCUAGAGAAUGGCAACUAAAGCUUCCGCGUGAAUCCAUCUUGAUUUAUUUUUCUCCUACAGUGCACCGUGCUUUAAAUGUGCGUUUGAAAUGUCUCGCAGCGGACAGUGUAUCAUGCACGCCUACUUGAGUAAUCGUUAAAUAAAUUCAUGAGCUUUUGCAUA